AUGAAUAGGAUUGUGAUGCUGCUUUUUCUCUGCCAUGCUGCUUACGCAGGUAAAGCAGUGAAACACUCGCUGAAGAUUUUCUUCACUGGAUCUUCUGGACUCGAAACCCUCCCAGAAUUUGAGGCUGUUGGAGAAUUUGACACCAUCCUGGCUGUGUACUGCAACAAAAGCACCAUCAGGGCAACACAAGACUGGGCCAAAAAAGUCCUGGAUCCUGGUCACGAGCAAUUUAAAUUUCUUGAAGCAUGCUGUUUCGUCUCUAUGCCCGCUUUCUUCAAGUUUGAAAUCGAUGAAAUAAAGCAGCACUUCAACCAAAGUGCAGGCGUCAGUGUUUUUCAGAGGCUUGCUGGUUGUGAAUGGGACGAGGAGACUGAAGAACUCACCGGCUUUUUAAAGUAUGGCUACGAUGGAGAAGACUUGAUUAAGUUUGAGCCACAAACAAAGGAGUGGGUUCUUCUGAAUCCACAGGCUGCCUUUAUCAAACAAAGCUGGGAUAAUGAUCCAAAGGAUAAAGAAUUUAAUUACGACAUGAUUACUACAUAUUGUCAUAUGUGGCUGGACAAAUCCUUGGACAUUGGAAAAAGCAGUCUUCUAAGAACAGAUGAUCCCACAGUGUCUCUCCUCCAGAAGACCCCCUCCUCCCCAGUCAGGUGCCACGGUACAGGGUUCUACCCCAACACAGCCCUGAUGUUCUGGAGGAAAGAUGGAGAGGAGAUUCAUGAACAUGUGAAGCAUGGAGACGUCCUCCCUAAUCAGGACGAAACCUUUCAGGUGCACGUUGAUCUGGACAUUUCCUCGCUCACGCUUAAUGACUGGCCCAGCUAUGACUGUGUGUUUCAGUUUUCUGGUGCCGAGGACAAAAUUGUUAUCAAACUAGAUAAAGAUGUGAUCCUAACCAAUUUCGGUAAGAAUAAAUUUCAAUAUCUUCUCUCAUCCACCAGUUUCAGCUUCAGACUGGAGCUCCUGUACCAUUCGAACCACUUCAGCAGCCUCACCCCUGACGGCAGCAUCCUGCAGGAGACACUGAGCCAGCAUCCUUGCUGCAGGACCACUACUUCACCGUCAGCAUCCCUGCUGCAGGACCACCGCUCCACUGCCAGCAUCCCUGCUGCAGGACCACUGCUUCACCAUCAGCAUCCCUGCUGUAACAAGUCUCAGACAAGAUCCGCCGUCAUCGCUGUCAUUUCUGUUUUACUUGUGAUCAUCGUUGCUGCUUCAGGUUUUGCAGCUUACAAAAAGAAAAACGAAAGGCCAUAUACACCCACUUCGAACACGAGCCUUCUGUGA